AUUGCUCCAGCAGUUGAAAAAACACAAGAUCACUGAAAGCCAUUGCGGGGCUCGAGAACAUAGUUUUUACGUAGCUUUUAUCGCUUACGAAGCAAAUAUCACUGCACUUAUUUGCUAAUAAUUCAGCGCUACGUUAUUUGCUUUUGUAAGCACAUUGGAAAAGUUGAAGCCCAAAGGGACUAUUGCGGUAAAUUCAAGUGCAGAUGGCGCGUAGGAUGCAGCAGGAACUGAACAGAUGUUCGCCCUAAGCUUGCGAAUAAUUUGCUGGCGCGUUUGCUCGGUAUUAUCGAUCUAUCAUCGGCCAUUCUUCCUGUUACAUCGCCAAUCGAAGAUCUUCGCUCUAAAAGACCGAUAGCCAACAAUAUGUUGGCUGAUUCGACUCUUAUGCUGUUACUCCACACACUGAUAAUAUUCUGCGCCGGGGAUCAGUGGCUGAUGUACGGGGAUUUCAUAGGGGAGUCCGAGGCCAUUGCUCGACACCUCGUCCUUGAGAGCACAAACUCGACAACGAGCGUUUCCUCGUCGAUGCAGUUGAGUCUCGUCACUCCCCCGGGACACAGAAUCAACUGCAUCCUCGCGGCAGCGCUCCACAUGAACGGUAAUGUCAGCGUCGUUGAGGGCGGCCUCGGAACUGGUGAUGUUACUCUUGCUUACGAAACCCUCAACGGAUACCCGGACUUGCUGUUUGUCCUGGUGGAGUCAAACGCAGAUACGACUGCAAGGAGCAAUGGCUCACGCGUGACUAUCAUCUAUGACCGGCUUAGGACCUGGGGACUCUUACCACCGAAGGCCGUCACUGCCAAUGGGUAAAUUUAAGGACAUCGAGACUCGAAGAUGAAUUUAUCUUUGUCUCAUUUCUUGUGCCAAAUAGAAUGUCGAGGGGGUUGGUCAACAGCGAUAGGACUUUUAAUUGAAUUGGAUUAUGAGAGAUUGGAUAGUCUGAUAGUGGAAUUGGUUUUGCGAUAUUAUCUUGUGAGAUAUGUUUAUAUAAAUAACCUACC